AUGCCGCUGAAGUUCGAGCUGUGUCCCGGCCGGAUGGUCGGAGGGAGCCAGCCCUGUUUCAUCAUCGCAGAAAUAGGGCAAAACCACCAAGGCGACUUGGAGACCGCGAAGAAGAUGAUAAAAAUGGCCAAAGACUGCGGUGCCGACUGUGCCAAGUUCCAGAAGAGUGAACUGGAGCACAAGUUCAACCGGCGCGCUCUGGAGCGGCCCUACACGUCCCAGCACUCGUGGGGGAAGACGUACGGAGAGCACAAGCGCCACCUGGAGUUCAGUCACGAGCAGUACAGGGAGCUGCAGAGAUACGCUGCUGAAGUGGGCAUCUUCUUCACCGCCUCAGGGAUGGACGAGAUGGCUGUAGAAUUUCUUCAUGAACUCAACGUGCCUUUCUUCAAAGUUGGCUCUGGCGACACCAACAACUUCCCCUACCUCGAGAAAACGGCUCAGAAAGGUCGCCCCAUGGUGGUCUCCAGUGGGAUGCAGUCUAUGGAGACGAUGCGGCGCGUGUAUCAGACGGUGAAGAAGCACAAUCAGAACUUCUGCAUCCUGCAGUGUACGAGCGCGUACCCACUGGAGCCCGAGGACGUCAACCUGCGCGUCAUCACGGAAUACCAGAAGGAGUUCCCAGAUAUUCCGAUUGGCUACUCGGGCCAUGAGUCGGGCAUCAGCAUCACGGUGGGUGCGGUGGCUCUGGGGGCAAAGGUGGUGGAGCGUCAUGUGACCCUGGAUAAAAGCUUGAAGGGCAGCGACCACGCGGCGUCGCUGGUGCCCAGCGAGCUGGCCGAGCUGGUGCAGGCGAUCCGGACCGUGGAGAGAGCGCUGGGCAGCGGGGUCAAACGAAUGCUGCCCUGUGAGGUGCCCUGCCAUGAUAAGCUGGGUAAGUCCGUGGUGGCUAAAACGGCGAUUCCUAAGGGCACGGAGUUGACCCUGGACCUGCUGACGGUGAAGGUAGCCGAACCGAAGGGUGUAGCUCCAGAGGACAUUUUCCAGCUGGUGGGGAAGAAGGUGCUGGUGGACAUCGAGGAGGACGAGAGCGUGACUGAAGACAUGGUGGAGAGCUACGGAAAAAAGAGCAAAGUGUGAAGGAGCUCGGACUCUACUGACCGUUUUUAGCCCAGCAGGACAAUAACAAACUCUCGAGUUCUUGAGCAGAACGGUUUCACUUCUAAUAAACCAAUACUGUUGGUGUCAUGAAGGAGGUGUAUACGAAGCGAAUGAUUGUCCAGUCCUGCUCUGCCCACAAAUGCAUUCUGUUUGUAGGUACUGUUUCAAAGUUGGUCACAUUUUACAGAAACACCUGAUUAAAAACCUCAUUAAACCUAACGAGAAACUGUA